AUGCCGCCUGCGAACUCGCCGAACCGCGAGCCCACGCCGACCAACUUCAUCUCUGCGCUGCGCGGCCUCGAGAGCCCCGUCGACGACGCCGUCCUCAACCUGGCCGCCACGCUGACGACGCAGGUGGGCAGCGACCCCGACGCCUCCAGCCACCACGACCACCACACCCGCGCCCGCGACAUGGACGGGGACAGAGACACGGACGAGAGACUGGAGAGGCUGCGCGCGUCGCUGCAGCACGACCAGCAGCGCCUCGAGCAGUCGCGCGACAGACUGCAGAGACUGCGCCAGCUCGACGCCGCCAGCGACCUGCACCACCGCGACCUCGUGCAGCGCAGCCUGGACCGCCUCAACCGCCUGCACAACACCACCACCACCACCACCAACUCGACCAACUCGACCACCACCACCACCAACUCGACCACUACCACCAUCGCCGCCACCGCCACCACCACCACCAUCACACCACCACCCACGACACAAUAUGGCGAGCGCGUGCCCAGCCGGAACAGCCUCUACGACUGGUCGCCGCUGCCCGCCGCCGAGCUCAACGACCAUGGCGGCGGCGACGGCGACGGCGACGACGACGACGACACGCGCAGCCUGAGGGCCCUGCAGGCGAGGCUGCACAUGACGUCCAACCCCACGACCGCCGCCGCCGCCGCCGACUCGCUGCGCUCCACAGCCAUCUUGCAGGCGGUGCGUCGACACCCGCGCUUCUCCGCCCGCACCAGAGAGUACCUGCAGCGCUACAGCCACGACCGCGACCAGGACACGGUGCGCGACGCCCGGCAAGCCGCCCGCGACACGGCGGCCCUCCGCCGCACCACCCACGACCCCUGGGCCGGCCCCCGUGAGCGAUACCAGGCCACGCGCAAUCCACAGUCACAGCCACAGUCUCAGUCACAAUCCCAGCCACAGUCACAACCCCUCCACUCCCAGCCGCCUUCACAACCGCCUUCACAACCGCCUUCACAACCUCUUUCACAACCCCAGCCCCGGCCUUGCGCCUCGACCCCGGGCGUCGCGCCCAUGCUCGAGCACACAGUCAAGUACCUGUCGCGCAUACGUCACGCCAACACGGUCGACGAGAGCCUCAACUGCGCCCUCGAGGCCGGCUUCCUCAGCAAGGACUACUUCUGCAUACAGUACGCCGACUUCCUCACAGACACCCUCGGCAUCCCGCCCCCGCAACACUCCUCCUGGCUUGCCCCCGGCGCCGUCCUCACCGGCUGCCAGCACGCCACCGUCUCGGGCCCGACCCCGGCGCUGCCCACCGCCCCCCUCCCACCCCCGUCCCGCCCAUGGCUGAGCACCAGCUACUCCACCCCGCGCAGCCUGACCUCCUACCUCUCCCCCAACGCCCCGCCCCGGACGGAACACGCGCCUCCACCACCCCCGCUCCAGGACCGCUGGCCCGUCAAGGUCACCAUCCACGCCGUCGACUGGUCAGAAAUGUCCCUCUCCGCGACCAUGGAAGCCUACAACGUCCCCUCGCACCCGCACCAGCACGCCAUCAGCAACCCCCUCCCCUCGACACACUACACACGCACCAGCAGCAUCACCACCUACCUCGAGGGCGAAAUCCUCGACUUCAACACCCACACCCUGUUGACGGAGAGCUUCGCGAGCAACGCCGCCACCGACGCCCUGUACUGGAGGAAGCUGCCGCCGUUCCGCGACAUGGACGACCAGGACGUUGUGCGUGCGCUGACAUCGCGGAAAUGGUGGCAGGCACUGAGCCAGGAGUGGGUGCUGAUGCGCUGGAAAGAGCGGUGCUUCGUCAAGUCCCUCCGCGACAGCAACGCAUCCCCGACGCCCUCGCCCUCGGUCGACACCGCCGCCGACGCCAACACCGACGUCGACGCAGAGAGGACGUACUACACAUACGACAGCCACACCUUCGCACGCCACGACCCACCACCGCGGCAGCCCAACAUCGUAGACGCCGAGCACGCCGCCUUUGACGACUCCGGCUGCGGCCUCACCAUCAGCGGUUUCUACUUUGUCUGUCUGCGCCGCAGCGAUGGGCAGGUGGAGGGGUUGUACUAUGAUCCCAUGAGCAGCCCGUACCAGUGUCUACAGUUGGAAAGUCGGGGGCGCGCGCGGUUCGGGAGCUGGGCGUUUGCAUGA